AUGAAGGCCUCCGUGUCGAUUCUUAUUUCUCUCGUUUCUGUUGCCUUGUCAGCCGUAGGCCCAAGGGACCCUCAGACAACGUCGUGCAUCUCAACCUUGGUCCUGGAUCCGAUCACCGUGACGCGCUGCGACGUUGGCACUUCAACCUAUGCCCCACCCCCGACUCCUCCAGCCGUCAAGGUCUACACCACCGCCUUUCAACAGUUCUGCCCGACCGGCCUCGAGUACAAGACAUACACCAUCACUUGCGGCUCCCACGACUGCCAUGGCAAGUCCGGAGAGAUCCCUCCGGGAUUCACCGCCUCGCCCUCGACUUGCUACGUUUGUGGGCCCGAGCCUAUCACCGCCAUCAUAACAUACCCCGUGCCGACCGGCCCUGCCCCAACCCCCGGUCCGGGUCAGAACAAGUCUGAGUGUGUUGACUGUGUUCCACCCGCCCCCACUUUCGUUGUUGCGUCUGCUGCCAAGCUUUCAUCGCUGGGACUCGGAGGAAUCGCUGUGUUCUACUUGUUGGCCGGAGUUCUGGCCUAG